CGGAAGGGGCGGGCGCUGCGCUCACCUGGCUGCGGAAGCGUUAGACGUGGAAGCAGCGGGCUGCGGCCUCGGUCUCGUGGGUGGCACGGAGCAACGGCUCGUCAUGGGGGGCUUUUUUUCGACCAUCUUUUCCAGUUUGUUUGGCACGCGGGAGAUGAGAAUUUUGAUCUUGGGACUUGAUGGGGCAGGGAAGACAACAAUUCUAUACAGAUUACAAGUUGGAGAAGUUGUUACCACUAUUCCCACAAUUGGUUUCAAUGUUGAGACAGUAACAUAUAAGAAUCUUAAAUUUCAAGUCUGGGACUUGGGAGGACAGACAAGUAUCAGGCCAUAUUGGCGAUGUUACUACUCCAAUACAGAUGCAGUCAUUUAUGUAGUAGACAGCUGUGAUCGAGACAGAAUUGGCAUUUCAAAAUCGGAACUUGUUGCUAUGUUGGAGGAAGAAGAGCUGAAGAAAGCCAUUUUAGUGGUGUUUGCAAACAAACAGGACAUGGAACAGGCCAUGACUCCUACAGAAAUGGCAAACUCGCUUGGCCUACCAGCUUUGAAGGACCGAAAAUGGCAGAUCUUCAAGACUUCUGCAACCAAAGGCACCGGGCUUGAUGAGGCCAUGGAAUGGCUGGUGGAGACCUUGAAGAGCAGACAGUAAGCAGACUUUUGACCAAUAACAUUCAGUUACAUCCAGCAUCCCUCUUUCUGCAGUCAAGCAAGUUUAAUGCCACAGCUGUUGUAAAUAGGACUGACUGAAUCUGACUUCUGUAAAAAGUGGAUAACUUAUCUUGAAUUGCAAACAUACACUGAACAAACUGAAUGUCUGUGUACAUUAUAUACUGCAUUGUCUUGCUUUCCUUUGUUUUAAAGGUAUGUACUUAUGUUAAUUUGUAUGGAAGGGAAUUGGAAAUAUUUGCUGGAGUUUUUCUAUUGUUUUGAAUUCUAGUGGCUAUCUUAUUCAUGUAAUAACACUAAUAAAAUUUUGAACUGUCA